AUGCCGACGUACGAAGUCCAGAAUGAUUUAUUUGAGAGAUAUCCUCCGGGGUUUGCCGACGCCGACCGCUGGGCACUUCCCAGGCGGCAAGGAAAGCGGAGGCUACUGCUGAUUUACAUCCACGGCUUCUUGGGGUCAGAGGACAGCUUUUACCAGUUUCCUCGCAGGGUUCAUGACAUGUUGGCGGUCUUGCUGGCCGAAACCCAUGUUGUGUACACGAAAAUAUACCCGCGCUAUAAGACCCGGGGACCUUUACACGACGCUCGCGAUGGUAUCAGCCAGUGGUUAUCUCCGCACGAGGCAUCGGACUUGGAUGUUAUACUACUCGGCCACAGUCUCGGGGGUCUUAUCGCCGCAGAGGUCGCCCUUAUGGUAUCUGGCACUGCCUCUGGCCAGAUCGAAGGCGAGGAUCUGAAGCAUAACAUUGCUGGCUUGGUAGCUUUCGAUGCACCAUUCCUUGGGCUUCAUCCACGCGUUGUUAGGACAGGAAUCGGCAGGCUAUUUCGUCGCAAAGGACGUACAAACAAUGAAGACAAGGAAGAGGAGGAUGCCAUACGCGACAUAAUCGCCACUAAGGACACAAGUUUCAACCCAGCCUUUCCAAACGACUUGAACAAGCCUCGAUGGAAAGGUUGGGAUGGAGCGCGCCAUUUCUUUAAAAAGAACUCACGUCACUUAUCCCGCUCGGCCCUUCAGUAUGUGUUCUCAUACUAUGACCAUACCGGUUGCCUGAACGAGUAUCUUGGUCUCUUAAAACGGCACAAGAGGCUCUGCCGUUUGGCUGAAGUUAACCAUUCGCCCGGCUCCAGUUUGAGUGGCAGGCGGGUCCGGUUCAUCAACUAUUACACAACUGCGUACCCCGUCAAGGAAAAAGGGGACAGUGACAACGAUAAAGAAAAGAGACCGUGGACUGAGAUGUCGCUUACCUGUCGCAACACGACGGAACUACAUAGGAAUGUCAAAGAGCAUCGGCAUUCUACAUCGAUCAUCCCUGGCCAGCGAAUGAAGGGAAAGGACGGGAACUCACUUCACUGGGCGGUAGACCGGGUGUCCUCUCUUACGGAAGUGGACAGUAUAUCUCAUCCAGCAAGUUCGUGCGAUUCAAGUUCCGGCUCGAGAUCAGGGGGUCGACACUUCUGUUUAGUUUCGAAUGAAGCCUGCAAAAAGCAGCUCUGGGCCCCAAUCUAUAUGGAAGGGAUGGAUGAAAUCACCGCCCAUCAGUCCAUUUUCCUUGCGCUUGGCUCACACUACGAGCAACUAGUCGUGGAUAUCGUGGCACGAAUUGAAACCUGGCUAAUGUGA